AUGUCGACCUAUCUAUCGUUGAUCAUCAUUCAUUCGAUCAUUCUUCUUCAUAUAUUCAUUGAUGAAUGUCAGACAAUUAUUGGAGAGAGAAAACGAACGUUCGCAGGUCGAUCGGAAGGUGUUCUAAUAGGCGAUUAUUUAUUCUUUGCUGAAACAGCGUACAUAUCCAAUACACCCGGCUUUUACAUCAUUAGAACUUCAAAUGAACUAGAAUGCAAAUGUCUAUGUUCCUCAAAUAAACAAUGUCUUUCAAUGACUUAUCGUAUAUACGAUUCGACAUGUUCAUUGUUUGCAACCGAUCCAUGCGAUACCCGAAAUUGGAAAGAAUAUUCUAAUAUAAACUUUUAUAUUCAUAUCAAACGAUUGAAAUACCGUCUAUUUGAAAAACCUGAACAAGAUCAGUCAUUACAGCGACUCACGUUGUCGUCAUUGUGUAGUACUACAAGCAGAUUCAACGCAGAUAAUCGAUGGUUGUUUGUUAUGAAAAUAAGUGGACAAUCGAAAGUGAAUUUUCGUGGGUUAAACUUUGAUAAUGCACCUAAUCAAGUAGCACCAAGCCCAUGGUACACAACUCCGAUUGAAAACAUUUGGAACAGUAUACUUAUGUAUCAGUGGACUUCUCGACAAUAUUUCCCAAAAUAUUUUGGUUUCGCGUUGAUCUACCAAGGAGCGGUUCGCGAAUUUGUCUAUUUUCGUUUGCACAAAACGACGAUUGAAAAUUUUUUCAAUAAACAACAUACACCGGCGACAUUCUGUUGGAAUUUAAAAUCUUCUCAAACGCAUCUUCAUCAUACACUUAAUCACGAUAAUAGUCUUUCUCGAAUCUUCUCCAUAAGUAUCAAUGGCAACGUAUCUCACACAACUCCGUGUGACCAACAUGAAACGUUCAUGUAUAUCUCACCGUUUGACCAAAUGGAUAGAUGUUCUCCGAAUGGAAAUUCUCGUCAAUCGAUUGAUAUUAUGUUCUCGGAUCAAUGUCAUCCGUUACCUUAUUCAAAACUGCUUCGCGCUGACGCGUUAAUUGGUUUUGUAUCUGGUGAUACAACAGCAGAUACGUAA